CAGCGGGUGAGGGACGGGUCAAGCAAUUUUGAUAAAUCCAACCCUCUUUAGGGUCGGGAAUUGAUAGGGGCGCCUCUAUUCCCGUAACCAAACAAAUAAAUCCAACUCCUCCUCGCAGGCGCCCCGUUACCGCUUUACUUCUUCUGCUUCUCUCUUCAUCUCUCCUUUUACAUUUAUUUUUUUUCUUCAGGGCCGAUGGGCUCAUCCUCAGUAUCGUUCUUCCAACUGAAAUGUAGCGACUUCGAUCUUUAGGGCUUCGAAUUGUUUCUUGCGUUUCGGUUGAUUCGGGAGAUUUAGGGUUUUCUUCGGGUGGGGUGGAGGGAUGAAGGAUUUGAAUUCGGAUAUCUUGGACCCGACGCCCGGGAUGGAUUCAGAUUAUUCGCGUGCCUCUUGUGCUUCAUCAUCCGACGCGGAUUUUGGAUUCGCUUUUAACGACAGUAAUUUCUCCGAUCGGCUGCUUCGGAUUGAGGUUAUGGGAGAACCGGUUGAGUCCCGUCCCGAUUCUGCGGGAUGUAUUAGCAUCCUCGAUUGGGCUCGACGGAAGAGACGGAGAGAGGAUUGCAAGAAGGAAAACGUUGUUGAUCUAAAUGGAUGCCCUGAGGAGCAAGUUUUAAAUGGAAGCCAACCUGAUAUGGAUGAUGCCAUACCUUGUGACAAUCUAGAUGAUGAACCUGCACAAAUGAUUGAGGAGUUACAUUCAGGUGAUGAAGCUGCAAAUGUUGAUGAAUCAAGCUGGGGGAUGGAUUGUUCAACUGUUAUUAAAGUUAAAACGUUGCACAUCAGCUCUCCAAUUUUGGCUGCCAAAAGUCCUUUUUUCUACAAGCUGUUCUCUAAUGGGAUGAGGGAGUCUGAACAACGGAAUGUGACCUUACGAAUCAAUGCCUCAGAGGAAGCAGCCCUAAUGGAGUUGCUGAAUUUUAUGUAUAGUAAUACCCUAUCCUGUAGCACUGCUUCAGCUUUGCUCGAUGUGCUUAUGGCUGCAGACAAAUUUGAGGUUGCUUCAUGCAUGAGGUAUUGCAGCAGACUUUUACGAAACCUGCCCAUGACACCUGAUUCUGCAUUGUUGUACCUUGAGCUUCCAUCCAGUGUCUUAAUGGCUGAAGCAGUCCAACCAUUGACUGAUGCAGCAAAGCAGUAUCUUGCUCUUCGCUACAAGGACAUUACCAAGUUCCAGGAGGAGGUUAUGGAUUUGCCUCUUGCAGGAGUGGAGGCAAUAUUAUCAAGUGACGAUCUUCAGGUUGCAUCAGAGGAUGCAGUAUACGACUUCAUCCUGAAAUGGGCUAGAACUCAGUAUCCAAAGUUGGAGGAGAGGCGAGAGGUGUUGGGGGCUCGACUUGCUCGUUAUAUUCGAUUCCCCUUUAUGACUUGUCGAAAGCUUAAGAAAGUUCUGACCUGCAAUGACUUCGACCAUGAUGUUGCUUGCAAACUCGUGCUUGAGGCCCUUUUCUUUAAGGCAGAGGCUCCUCACCGGCAGAGAAUCUUAGCUGCUGACGAGUCGGCUUCCACAAACCGCCGCUUCUUCAUCGAGAGAGCAUACAAAUAUCGUCCAGUGAAGGUUGUUGAGUUUGAUCGUCCUCGGCAGCAGUGUGUUGUAUACCUGGACCUAAAGCGGGAAGAGUGCACAAAUUUGUUUCCGUCGGGGAGAGUGUAUUCUCAGGCAUUCCACUUGGGUGGACAAGGGUUUUUCCUUUCGGCUCAUUGCAACAUGGAUCAGCAGAGCUCAUUUCAUUGUUUUGGGCUUUUCUUGGGAAUGCAGGAAAAAGGGUCGGUUUCUUUUGCAGUUGACUAUGAAUUUGCUGCAAGAUCAAAGCCAACAGAAGAGUUUGUAAGCAAAUAUAAGGGCAAUUACACGUUCACAGGAGGCAAGGCAGUUGGCUAUAGAAACUUAUUUGCAAUACCAUGGACGUCUUUCAUGGCCGAAGAUAGUCUCUACUUUAUUAAUGGAGUCCUCCAUCUUAGAGCUGAACUUACCAUCAGGCCCUGACCGGCCACAUCCUGUUCUGUCUCUAUCUCUGAAGCAUCGAAUGGUAUUCUAUUCUCAAUUUCUCUAUGGUAUAGGUUGUCUAACAUCUAAUCUUGGUAUGUCUUUUCUUCUCCUCUCCCCAUUUGUCCUUGCCUCUACUCGACGAAGACGAUGUAAUAGUAAAGCCAUUUUAUUACUAAAUACCCUGAUCUCAAGCAUGCUAUAUACCAAAAUCUCUCUGGAUAUUGCUUUACUUUCCUUCUCCAUACUACUCAACAUCUCAACAUUUGUAACCUGGACUUCUGGUAUCCUUGGAUCUUUGAAAUGAAUUUCGUAGCCUUAGAAACCA